UCCUCCUAAACGUUGCCCAAAUCUGGUUGCGUCACGAGUGGUGUCUGAGUCUAAUUAAAGCCAUAUUGAGAAAAACGUAAAUACGACCCAAGUUCCUCCCUCUUGUCUUCUGCUGCAAGAGAGCGCGUACUCGGUGCAAGCGGUUUCAAGGGACCAGUGCUAGCAGAUCUUCUGAGGAAAGUGCAUCUGUGCAAAGUUGCAGUUCAUUUUUAAAAGUUUAUAUAGGCUAUUACUAAACUGCAUUAGAUAAUAACGCAACAAUGGCUGGUUUGAAGUACAUGAGCGGUUUUGGAAAUGAGUUUGCCUCUGAGGACUCUCGCUGUCCAGGAUCUCUACCUGAGGGACAGAACAAUCCACAAGUGUGUCCAUAUGGCCUAUAUGCUGAGCAACUCUCUGGUUCUGCCUUCACUUGCCCACGGUCAACCAAUAAGAGAAGCUGGCUGUACCGCAUUUUACCCUCUGUGCGCCACAAGCCUUUCACUCCGAUGAGCUGUGGAGAUCUCACAGAGAGCUGGAAUGAAGUGGAGCCUGACCCCAACCAGCUGCUUUGGAAGCCGUUUAACAUCCCCAAAUCUUCUGAGAAAAAAGUGGAUUUCAUAUCGGGUCUACAUACAGUCUGUGGAGCUGGAGAUUCAAAAUCUCGUAAUGGAAUCGCCAUCCACAUGUUCACCUGUAACACUUCAAUGAUUGACAAAUGUUUCCAAAACGCAGAUGGUGAUUUCCUUAUUGUGCCUCAACAAGGCGAAAUCCUGAUUACUACAGAAUUUGGGAAGAUGAUGGUGGAGCCCAAUGAGAUUUGUGUCAUUCAGCAAGGGAUGCGUUUUAGUGUUGAUGUGUUUAGAGAAACCAGGGGAUACAUUCUAGAGGUGUUUGGGGUCCAUUUUGAGCUGCCUGACCUGGGUCCUAUAGGGGCAAAUGGACUGGCUAACCCUAGGGACUUCCAAACACCUGUGGCUUGGUACGAGGACCGUACUGUAGCCACAGGUUACACCAUUGUCAACAAGUACCAGGGAAAGCUCUUCUCAUGUCAACAGGACUUUUCGCCAUUUAAUGUGGUGGCAUGGCACGGAAACUACACACCGUACAAAUACAACCUGGAGAACUUCAUGGUCCUCAACUGUGUGGCGUUUGAUCACGCUGAUCCGUCGAUUUUCACCGUUUUGACAGCAAAAUCCACACGUCCAGGUGUGGCCAUUGCAGAUUUUGUCAUCUUUCCCCCUCGUUGGGGUGUAGCUAAUCACACCUUUCGGCCUCCUUACUACCACAGGAACUGCAUGAGCGAGUUUAUGGGAUUAAUCAAAGGCCACUAUGAAGCAAAGGAAGAAGGUUUCCAGCCUGGAGGAGCCAGUCUCCACAGCAUCAUGACUCCACAUGGUCCUGACGUCGACUGUUUCGAGAAGAACAGCACAGCUGUUCUCAAACCAGAGAGAGUUGCUGAGGGCACUAUGGCAUUCAUGUUUGAGUCAUCCUUCAGCAUGGCUGUGACCAAGUGGGGAUUGGACACCUGCCACCGUCUCGAUAAGAGCUACUAUAAAUGCUGGGAGGCUUUAAAAAGUCACUUCAAUCCAAACUGGAAACCCAGCAGCAAGUAGAACAUGAAGUACAUGGUUACACCUCAACAGUCGUCAUAAUAUUUGUCUGACGUAGAUCGGUGAUUCACAAUGGUUUUCUCUCUAGAAUGGAGUUAACCAGAGAUGUUCUACGAUAUAAAAACAAAACAUGCUAUUAGAUAACCAAUAAAACAAAACGCAGGGUUUCUGCAGGUUUUAUAAAGGAAAUUUUAAGACAGUUUUAAAGGCCUUUUUAAGACAAAGAAAAUAUGUUAUAAAUUGAAGGGAACAGUGCAUAAAAAUGUAAAUGUCUAGGGAGCACACCAUGAGUUGUAAUAGCAACACUUUUACACUUAUUUUCAAAGUUUGAAAAUACAAAAUUCAAGAGGUCUCUUACUUUUUAAUCCAUUUACCAAAAAAAAACCAUGUUUGCAGCUUUAAUAGCUCUGCUCCCAACCACUAGUAUAUGAAAAUAAUUUUUACUGUACUGUGCAAAAAAGUAAUGCUCUUCCUUAGUACGUUUGUCUUGUUUUUUUAGUGCAGAUGUCUAAAGAUUCUUAAAAAUGACACAAGUCUUGCUUUCUGCAAAGCUGAUCAAAAGGUUUAUGAUUAAAACAAGAAUAAAUAUGUCAAUGGUCUAAGAAACCUGAAAGGGAAAACAAGUUUAUAUGUCCCAUAAGAUCACAAUUUUAAUAAUUCCUUCAGAAAACAAGACUUAUAUUAAUUUUGCAUCUUGAGUUGCAUCUCAUGUAUCUUGACUUAAAGGGGGGGGGGGGGGAAAAUGCCGUUUCAUGCAUUCAGGGUUGUUUACACUGUUAAAGAGUUGGAUUC